AUGAGUUCUUCGACAUCGAGUCGAUAUCGAGAAUCAGCUGCAGUGACAGCACCAACUAAAGUUCAUGAUCAACACAGCACGUCGUUUGCUGAAGAACAUGCACUUGAUGCUAUUGCUAAAGAAGCCGAACUUCGUUUGCAAAAUCAACGUGAACAAAAUCGUGAAGCGCGUCAAUUACGACAUAAAGAAUUAGAAAAAAAAGCACGAGAUGAUGAUGGCGGAGAUUCAACAUCAACUCCGGUUACUCCAUCGACACCUAUGAGUUCAAGUCGGUCUCGUAUAAUGAAUAUUGAUGGAACAAAUAAUAAUGCUAUGGGAGCGACAACAAAUUCAUUAUUAUUACAAAAAUUUCUUAAUGGCGAUACAGAUCUUCGCUCAAUUGAGCAACGUGAUUUACGACGUCUUUUAAGUGAACUUGAAACAAAAUAUAAAACAUCGAUGAUUGCAAAUUCAAGCAUGUAUAAUGAAAAACAAGCAUUACGGUAUCAAGUUGAUACAUUUAAAGAUAUAUUAGAUGAACAUUAUGAAACAUUAAAUCAAGCUAAAAGACAACUCAAAGAAAAAAGCAAAGAUUUUGAUCUUCAAAAACGAACUUUAACUGAACUUCAACGGGAACAUAAUCAAUUAAAAGAAAUUCUAGCACAUCGAGAAAAAUUAAUUCAAGAAUCUGGAAUGCAAUUAUUAAUUGGUGAUGAAGUUGUUCGAAAUAACAGUGAAGAAAAAUUAUCAUCUGUUUUUCCAACUGGUAUUGUUUCUCAAGAAACAUUAGCAUUACUUAAUUCACUUGGAAAAGGAUCUAUUGAUGAAAAAUUAAAAAGAAUUUUAAAUGAAAAACGUGAACAAUUUGAACAAAUUGUUAAAUUAAAAUCUGAAUUAGAUGAAGAAAAAACUCGUUUACGUACACUUGAAAAACAAAUACCAAAAUUCAAUGAUACAAAUCAAAAUGUUAAUAGUCAAACAGAUUCUGAACAACAAAAACAAUUAACCAAAGAAAUAACAGAUUUAAAAAAUCGUUUACAACGUUUAGAAGCUGAUAAUUUAUCAUUACAACAAGAAAAUAAACGAUAUGAUGCUCAACUUAAACGACAUAAACAACAAACAGAUGAUGCAGAACGUGUUGAAGAAGAUCUAAAACAAGAACGAAGACGAUUACAACGAGAGUAUCGUGAUAUGAAAUCACGAUAUGAUGAUUUACUAUUGGAAAAUCAACGUUUACAAGAUCGAAUUGAUUCAAUGGAAUUUGUUCGAAGAAAUUAUAAUUCAUCAUCACGACAACAUAUAAAUUCGUCAGCAAGUGGAACAAAUUCAUAUUUACCUCCAACACCAUCAAAUAGAUCUGCACGUGGUCCAUCUGUUUCUCGUUUUACAUCUGUUGAACGAGAAAUGGAUUUACCAAUUCCACCACCAUAUAGAUCACGUGAACCAUCUGUAGCUCGACGAAAUUCACGUGAUUAUUCAAAUGAUCGUUGGUCAACAAGACGAGAUUCAUCAUCAAUGAGUCAAUAUGGUGACAAUGAAUAUACAACGAGUAAUAAACGUCGACCAGAUCGUUGGUCGGCUGCGAAUUCUCCCAAAACGAGUUCACCUAAUUAUAAUUUUUCAUCACUACCAGGUAGAAUCUACCUGCACCUUCGCGUCGCACGUGAAGACUUAGAAAAUGAACGUACACGCAGCGAUGUUCUACAACGUGAGAAUGAACGUUUGCGUACAUUACGUAAAAAAACUUUGCUCAAUAAUACUGAGGAUAAUCUUGUUGUAUCAGCAAUAGUUUCAAGAUCACAUACAAAUUCACCAUUACCACCAGCUAUUUCUUCUUCUUCAUCUUCAUCUAUUUCAACUUCAUAUGAUCUUCAAUUAAAUCCUUCAAUACAUGAUCCUACUUAA